AUGGGAAGUUCAUGUUUACCCCCAGGCUUCCGGUUUCAUCCUACAGAUGAAGAACUCAUCGACUAUUAUCUAAAAAGAAAAGUCGAAGGUCUUGAGAUCGAGCUUGAAGUCAUUCCCGUUAUUGAUCUUUAUAAAUUUGAUCGUUGGGAGUUACCAGACAAGUCUUUUCUUCCGAACCGGGACAUGGAAUGGUUCUUCUUCUGUUCAAGGGACAAAAAAUAUCCUAAUGGUUUUCGUACAAACCGAGGAACAAAGGCCGAUUAUUGGAAAGCAACCGGAAAAGACCGGAAAAUUACUAGUCAUUCAUCUUCUACAGUCGGCUAUAGAAAAACCCUAGUUUUCUACAAAGGUCGUGCCCCGUUAGGCGAUAGAACCACUUGGCUCAUGCAAUAUUGACUACGCGAUGAUGAGAGUUCAUCACAAGGUUCACAAACUUACAAGGGAGCUUAUGUGUUAUGCCGUGUGGCUAAGAAGAAUGAGAUCAAGACUAAUUCGAAAAUCCGAAAAAACCUAAGUGAACAAACACUUGGAUCAGGAGAAAGUUCUGGAUAUUCUAGUCGAGUGACUUCACCUAGUCGGGAUGGAACGAUGCCGUUUCACUCAUUUGUCAAUCUGGUUUCUACUGAAAUAGACUCUUCCAACAUUUGGAUUUCACCUGAUUUCAUUCUUGAUUCUUCAAAAGACUAUCCUCAAAUUCAAAAUUUUGCAUCUGAGUACUUUCAAGACUUUGAUUUUCCGGUUAUCGGUCAAGAAGUAAAUUUUCCAGCGAGUAUAUUGCAUACCGAUGUAGAUCAGAACAUGGAUGAAUCUAUGCAAACUGGUUAUUGGACAAAUUGUGGAUACGAUCAAAUCGGUUUAUUCGGUUACUCAGAGCUCUCCUAA